GAAAUGUUGCGGCGGGGGCCCGGGUUUGUUGCCUCCCUUCCCGUCUUCGGCAGUUGAAAGCAAAAGAGACUGCCAACGUGUGGGAGUAAUAUAGAGCGAGCGAAGGCCGUUCCGUGUGGAAGUAAUAUCAGCGGCGGCUUCAGCUCUGCUCUUCUUGGUCAUGUCCUUGAGGGGAACCGCGGAGAGGGGUGCUAGUUCUGCUUUUUCAUAUGUUCGGAACCGACGGACGCGCCAAGAAAUUCCGGUCCUCCAAGUCGCCGGAUGAGCAUGGUUCCAGGAGCAGCAACGCUAAGUAUCUAGAUGAAAGCUGUUUUAUACUUUACGUUUUUCCUCACUUCAGCAUCAGCUUCACAACCAGGAAAAGCUCGACGGAGAACCAUGCAUGCUAUACAGUAGUGUCAACCUACUCCAUCUACAGCAAGAGCCUGUGAAUAGUGGUGCUGGUGCUGCUCAAGCGAGAUUAUCUCAGCAGCGCCACUCCGUGCAAAUAAUUGUUUUGUCGCUGCGCCGCGAGAUAACCCAACCGGGUUUGCUGAGAUGGCGUAACGACGCUUGGUGUCGGUGUGAUGAAGAGGAUGGUUAAAAAGAACAGUUUUCGUCGCAAUAUAAUCGCGCCCCACGUCCAGCACGACCACAGCGACGGUUUGGCCACCGGACCCUCCACGAGCCGCACGUCCGCAGAGGAGGAUGACUAGGUAGCAUGAAGUACACCAGGGGAAGGGGCGGUGGAGUAGUGGGCACGCUAUCUGAUCUUACUUGUUGAAACAGAAAACGAAUCGUAUAUACACAUACAACUCAAAUUGAAAUUAUUGAAAAAUACCUUACAGUUUCGAUUCGUCGUGUACAAUUUUUGAGGUGCAUAUAAUGAAGUAAAGGCUGCGACACCAACGCCAGUUCGUGUUUAGUCGUUAUCUGUCUUUUUCACAGUUGUUCAUUUUCACGCACAUAAUUUUUUUUUGGGGGUCCGGCAGACUUAUAAAUGCGGCUUCGAUCGUCUUUAAGCCGAAAGGAAAUAUAAUGACAUGCGCUGAUGUUCGCUACUGGGCAAAGCAGCUGUACAUGACCUGUACAAUUCAUCAUGUGAAGAGAUAGAGACGUCCAUGCGUUUUCAUGUUUGUACAUCAUAUUCACGCUCGCAUGCGUGCCAAGCCGCAGUGCCGUUCUUCCG